AUGGCGAACUCAACGCUGGUAUCCCGCCUGGCAUGGUUCGGCGUGAUUGCACUGAUACUCACGCUGGCGUGUGGCGCCACCGCGCAGGUUGGCGACAAACGCAGGCUUUCACAUUUGGAGGAUGAUGUACAAAUCUACAUAAAUGGCAGGGCGGCGAUGUAUGAAGGAAUAGAAGGGCUCGUAUCACCCAUGAGUGACUUCACAGCUGUCCUGAGUUAUCCAUAUCUGCUGCACAAAGUGGAGUUUUUGAACCGCGUACUUGAUGACUACGAACGUCCACAUCCCGUUAAGCCUUUCCUGAUGAGGAUUUUUGGCUAUCUUCUGAAUAAACUUGAGGAAGAAACAGGAGAGCCAACAGUGAUAUUCGAAUCUGCUCACAUGUGUCGAGAUUAUGUGAAGCUUCUUAGGGGUGUGCGUGACAGUUUCACACUACCGCCAAGACCGUUCAAAUACCAUACACCGGAUUACUUUGACAUCAUAACGCAGUUUGACGACCCAAAAAAGGCGGUAGGGAAGCACACCAUGGACGCUUUGAUGAUGAUGUGCCAGCAGAUUUAUCUACAAUGUUCUGAUAGGCUGAAACGGCAAGCGACAGUGAGCAGAGCAGAUGAUCGCCGGAAAGGAGGUGCCGUCACCACUGCAGAUAAUACCCGAGACAGUGUUACCGCCAACAGCAUCAAAGGGGCGGGUAUUGCUGAUGAUAAAAUGCCUGACGUCGAGGAAGCGUCCUCUUCAAGCUCGGCAGACGAUGUCACCGCGCCACGGCAUAUUAAGGGGUCGUUGGGUGCGUGGGAGCCCGAGCCAUCGGUAUCGUCACAGGAGUCCGAUAGGCCCAGUGAGGUUGCCGCCCCGUCCGACGACGACAAGCAGCUGCAUCAGAAUUUGAGUGCCAGCACGUCAAGCCUCGAACAGCAGGACGACGACACGCUGUCGUACCACCAUGCUCAAGGUGAGGUAGGCGAGGAGAAUGACGCGAACUGGGACGAAUACUUCGACUCAUUUUUGAAGCGGCUCAAGAAACCCCCGUUGGAUAGCGAGGCGUCUGACGAACCCGCUAAACCACUGUCCAGGUGGAAACGAUUCCUUAGGGCCCUGCGCAAACUCCGUUGCGUGUAA